AUGAGCUCCAACGCCGACGACCCCAUCUUCCGCAGCCAGUUCGACAGCGAUGAGGGCUACUUCAACGCACUGCUUUCUCGACGAAUUUACCCCGGAAAUGCUGCCAUCGACCCUUCGUUCGCACCAGCCUACGACGCGUGGCUGCAAAACUUUGACGAAGACAGAAACCCCGCUCUCCACGCGACCGAUCUCUCGAGCGUCGCAGACUCCCAGUUGCCCGAGAGCGUAAGCGGUGUCCGCUCCGAUCUCCUUCAGGACAAGAUGGAGAAGUACAGCGAGGCGUUUGAUCAGUACCGGCGGCAGCGGUCGAUGGAGUACCGCCAGCACGAACAGCCCGCGCCCUUUCGCCCGGUCCCAAGUCGGUCGCCGUUCAACUUGAACAACCAACAAUGCCAGCAUCAGCGGCACAUCCUGCCCCAGGUCCCCUACAGGACCUCGAGUUCGCAGAGCGUGCCUCUUCAGGGUGAGAAGACCACUAGCCCUCCUCUCCACUCGUCUCGUCGAGCACAACCUGAACUGACUCCGAAUCCCGCAGCUGCUCCCACGGCUCCGACCCAACGGCGCCAAGAGCAUCAACAGAACAUCUCGAGCCGUCCCUUCUCGGGGACCUCGGGUCUGCAGACUGUGCCUUAG